UGGCGGAGCUCCAGUGACAGCCGGCUGCUGAGCACCAAUCAGAGGCCGAGCAGAGUGUGUGAGGCUCCGCAGGCAGGAGGUGUUUUGAAAGCCAUGUCAGCUCCUCCAAUGAUGUAAAGAAGGAUCGCUUUCGCUUUUAUUCGAUUAUUCUUGCCUCUUAAAACACUUGUGAACAUGCACUCUGUAACUUAUUACAGCGGGAAACCUGUUUUCACCAGAAGAGCGUUGGACUUAAGUGUGGAUUUGUUCAGAGUUUGACCGAGAGAACUCAUGAGAGCGUCUUCAGAGCGACGGCUUUAUGGACUCGCGUAUUAGCUAAUGAUGUCUAUGGGUUUCAUGCCUCCUGACAGUCUGAAUACCUCAGACCCCUCCAAAUCGGCCUUCUUAGAAUUUGGCCACGGACAUCUGGGACACCAGCAGCACUCCCCGGGACUCUCUCAUAUUUACCCCGUUCACGGCGUGCAUGCUGCUGGACAUUCCCAGCACGAAAGUCCUUUUCCUGGCAGCGCGUCCUAUGGCCGAUCUUUGGGAUACGCCUACCCCGGCGCUGGGAACUCUCAUCCCCCGUCCGCGUACAUGUCCUACCAGCACAACAACCACAGCAACAGCAGCAGCCUGGCCCACGGCAGGUUGGAGCACACAGCAGAGCGGGAGAAGUCCACGGUGAUUGAAGGCAGGGACAUCCGUCUGAACGGAAAGGGGAAGAAGAUCCGGAAGCCCCGCACCAUCUACUCCAGUCUGCAGCUGCAGGCCCUGCACCAGCGCUUCCAGCAGACCCAGUACCUGGCCCUGCCGGAGCGCGCGGACCUGGCGGCCAAAAUGGGACUCACCCAGACUCAGGUGAAAAUAUGGUUUCAGAAUAAGCGAUCCAAGUAUAAAAAGAUCAUGAAGCAUGGCAGUGGAUCAGAGGGGGAGCAUCUCCACAGCACGAGCUCCAUCUCCCCGUGCUCCCCCGGCCUCCCCCAGCUCUGGGAGGUCUCCAUGGCGAACAAAGGGGCCCAAAUGCACCCGAACAACUACAUGAACACUUUUGGUCACUGGUAUCCAAACCACCACCACCACCACCACCCCCACCAGGAUGCAAUGCCCCGGCCUCAGAUGAUGUGAGUGGAUUGUUUUUGGUGUGGCGCGCGGGCCUCACAAUGAACUUCCUGGUUCUAUAUCGAGGCCUCCCCCCCCCC